AUGUUGUUUGAGAAACUCAAGAUCUAUAACACCCCAGCCAAAUUAUUGGAAAAGUUGCGUGAAGUUCGUAAAAUUUAAGAAACAGAACAGAAAACAGAUAUUAAUUAAGUCUCAUAAGUCUAAAAAACAGAGCCUUCUGCUGAGAGAUAUCUUGUAAGACAAUUAAGCUUUUAACAUACAUGGAAUUCUUUAACUCAUAAAUCACCUAAUUUAAAAUCUCCUACUGUUAAAUCACAAGUGGACAUUUUUAAAACUCAAGUAGCGUCUCCCAAAUUGAGGUCGUAUGCUUGUUUAACAGAUAUUUCAACUUAUAAAAAAAGUUAAGCUAGAACAAAUUUAGAAGAUGAUAGUUUAGAGUUAAAGGAUUUAUAAAAGAAUUUAGAAACAGAAACAUUAUAAGAACUUUAUAAUGGAGAUUAAAAACUUAUUGAAUAACUAAAUGAUGAAGCAUAAGUUUUAUCAGAAAGACUGGCUUUUAAAGAUGAUAAAAGUCCUGUUCGUCCCUUUUAACGCAAACAUCACUAACCUAAUCUAGCAUAGAAACCUUAAAGACGUGGUGGAACAGUAAUAGCAGCAGCAAAAUUAGAGGAUUUAAAAAAACAUUAACCAUUUCUCUAUAAUGAACCAAAAGAUGCCCCAUUUGAUGAUCUAUCUGAUAGAGGAAAGUUUUUGAAGCAUUAUAGAUUAGGAAAGUAUUUUUUUUGUUUCAAUCAACUCUUAGCAAGAAUCUGCAAAAGAUUAAUUAGAAAGAGUAUAGAAGUGUGACCAAGAAUUAUGAGAAACUUGAAGAUUAUGCAGACUUCUACAAAUAAUAACCUAAUAUCUAUCUAUAAUUAAAUAAGAGUUCAUAAAGUAAAUAGAUUCUUAUAUUCUCAUAGAACAUAAUAUAUUUUAAACAGGUCUUGGUUUAAUUAAUUCAAAUUAUACUAUAUAAACUGCUGAGUCAUCAGGAAUGUUGAGGAAUGAAUAAAAGAUUAAAGUAUUUACUGAAGCCCUCAAAUCACCCUAAUGCAAAACAUUAACUGAUUUGAAAUUGAGUCAUAAUCAAUUGACAUCUCCUAGAAUUAAGACUUUAGUAUCAAAUUUCCCAUCCUAAGUCUAAGAUUUGGAUCUUAAUAAUAAUGGUAUUGAUUCUAAAGGAUGUGAGAUAUUGGGAAAGUACUUAUAAAAAUCAAGAGUUAAGAAAUUGUCUCUUGAAAAUAAUAAGAUAGGUGAUUAAGGGGCUAAUUAUUUAUUUUAGGCAUUUUAAGAGAAUGAUUAUUUAACUCUAUUGAAUUUGAGUAGAAACAAUUUAACUGGUAUUUAAUUUAUUUGAUUUAGAGGGUUGCUCAAUUGAAUUAUCAAAUUAUUUAAAAAAAUCAAAUAUGAUAUUUGAGUUGUAUUUACAUUUUAAUACAAUUAAUAGUAAAGGAGGAUUAAAUAUUUGGAAGUCAUUAUACAAAAAUUCAAGUGUAAAGGUUUUUGAUAUAUCAUAUAAUCGAACAGGUUCUUUUGAAUGUGCUUAAUAAAUGGCUAAGGUUAUAGCAAAACCAUAUCCAGAAUUAAUGCAUAUUGAUGUUUCACAUAACGGAUUUGAUGAGCCAUCUGCAAAUGAAAUUAUGAAGGCUUUAAAUAUUAAUUAAAAUAUUUAUGGAUUUCAUUUUGAAGGAAAUUGUCCAAAAUUUUUGGUGGAUGCUACUGGUCAUCUUAGAAAUUAAGAAGUUGAAGAAUAGAUUCGUUAAAAGAAAAUUGAAUAAUGUAGAAAAAAUCCUUAAACUUCUUUACGUUUAUUAGAUGAUGAUGUGAAAUAAUAACCAAAAGUAGUACAAGAUAAAAAAUAAGAGAAAAUUCAAUAAGUACAUAGAUUUAGAAGGAUUUGGGGAAUGAAACCUGUAAAAUAGAAUUAAUAAUAUGAAAAAAAUAGAGAUUCUUGUUGGAUAUGUGAAGGAUGGGAAGAAGUUAAAUUUACUUGGAGUCCUGGUAAAUCAGGAGGAAUGAAUAAUGAUCCUAUUUUCUUACAUGUUAAUUUUGAUGGAUAUCGUCCUGUUUUAAUGUCACCACAUUAAGGUGAAUAUCAUUUAUAUAGAAUGUGUCCACCAAAUUAGAAAAUAUUAUAUUUCUUUAGUAAUCCUAUAUUAGGAAUACAAACAACAGCAAAAAAUUAAAUGAUUAUGCCAACACCUAUUAAUGAUCCAAUAGCAGAAGGAACUUAAGAAUUUCUAUAUAAUGGAGACAUUUUGAUAGAAGGAAAUAAGAUGUCUUUUGUAAAUGAAGUAUUCACUGAAGGUAAACAUACUGUAGUAGAUAAAUAUGUUCCUAAGAUAUUUAGUAAACCUAGAGAAGAAGAGAGAACAUAUGAUUUAACACAAUAUAUGAAUAAGAAAUAAACAUUUUGGAGUUAUGAAAUAUCUAUAUUUAAAAACUAUUAACCUGAUAAUGAAGAAUUAAUUGAUGAAUGCUUUGAAUAUGAUUUUUAAUCAUCUAAAAUUAAUAGAAUUGUUCGUGAUCCUAAUGAAUUAAUGGAAAUAAAAGAACUUCUAAGAGAAUAUUAUCCUCAUAUAUUUGCUAGUUAUAAAUUUUAUGCUUCUACACUCAUUGGGUCUAGUGUAAUUAUAAUCAAUAAAUAUUUAGAUUCCUUGUAUAUCAUCUAAUGCCUUUUUUGAUUUCAUUGGAUAAACCACUAUUAUGACAGAUAAAUUUAGACCUGGAGAUAUAGAUUUGAAUUUUAUAUCUACAUCUAAUGUUAAAGACAUUUUAUAUCCAAAUGUAUAUGAAAAGGCAUUAAUCAGAUAUUAAUUUAUGGAAGUUUUAGUUAGAAUAGCAUUAGAUAAAUAUACAAGAACUGGAAUAUGUAAAUCAAUGAAAUUAAGUGUUUUGAAAUUAUUUGAAGAUGAUUUAGUUAGAAUAAGAUUAUAAGAAAUUGAUAGAGCUUAAGAUUGGAGAGAUUUAAGAUUGUGGAAUGAAUAAUGUGAUCUAUUAAUAAGUAAUUAUUUAUUUAUUUAUUAUAGAGGAUCGAUUACCCAUGCUUAAAUUAUUGUUUAAGUUUACAUCUAAAUUGAAUUCUAAAUUAAAAUUUUAUAAAUAAACAUGGGUUUAAUUUAAGGAUUUCAGAGAUUUAUUAUUAAAAUGUGAUUUAUAUUGUGAUACUUUUGUGGAAAGAGAUGCAUAUAUUGCAUAUUUAUUAUCCAUGCAAACCUAAAUUGAUGAAUUGUAUAGUCUAAGACAUUUCUAAAUGGAAUUUUAUGAAUUCAUUGAAGCUUUAUGUAGAUGUGCUGAAAAACUCUCUUUGAUUAGAACUAAAGAAAUUAUGAAUGUAGAUGAAAGAAGAGUAGAACCACUACAUAAAAAAAUAGAUGCUUUAUUUUUGAUCAUUUAUUUAAGAGCAGGUGAUGCUAUCAAAUAAUAACUAAAAGAAUCUGAAGAUUUUUCUGAUUUUGAUAGAUGCAUGACAAGAAAGCAAAAGAAUCUUAAACAAUAAAUUGAAGAAAUGGGUAGUGAUGAUGAUGAUAAACCUUAUAAUCCAGCUGUUGAAUUGAAAUUUUUAGAAGACCAACUUAAAUAAGCUACAGUUCAACCUGUUUAAUCUGGACCCAAGUUAAAAAAGGCAUUGUCAUUAUUCACUGUCUUAAAGUAGAUGCAACAAUAAAAAUAACUUAAAUCAAAUUUCUUAUUGACUAAUGUUGUCUAAUACUUUAAAUAAAGAGAUGAAGAAUAUAUGUAAAAUUAGAUUGAUGAAAAUUGA